AUGGUGACCCUCGAGGAGGUGUCUGGGAGCUUGCUCCAAAAGCCAUCAGACACGCCCCUCUCCGUCCCGCCCCGAGACGAAUCCUCCUACAAGCCCCUCUCGACCUUUACCCUCGACCAGCAGCGCUCCUACAAGCAGCAGUACGGCGACAUGUACUUUUUGCGCCUCACCAAGAUCAAGCCCGCCGUCGAGCAGGUCGCGGCCGCCUCGUGGGACGGCACCACCAUUGGCGGCGAAACGGCUAGCAAGGUCGACCGCGUCCUCGACGUGCGGCAGGGCGAGCUGUGCUGGGUGGCCGGCACCGUCUACAUGGACAUGGCGCUGAAGCCCAAUAUCCUGGAAGACGUAUCCAAAGAUCGCUGGCUAUCCGCACCCAUCUCGACGCAGAAAUACUACUCGGACGACGGCAGCGACCAGGUCACCCUCGAAGACGACUCGGGCCGCAUCCGGCUCGUCGGCGACGUUCUAAAGACGGUCCCAUUGGUGACGGGCUGCAUCAUUGCCGUGAUGGGUACGGAAAACACGAGCGGCGAGUUCGAAGUCCUGGACCUCAAGUUCCCCGAUCUGCCGCCCCAGCCUGAACGCUGGGCGCUCUCUGGCGGCGCGUCCAACGGCGCCGGCGCCAAGACCAACGGCAAGCACAAGCAAGAAGAUACGGAAAUGACAGACGGCAGCAUAUCCUCGCCAAAUAACAACCACAAGCAAAUAGCCAUCGUGUCUGGACUGUCGUUUUCGGGCGUCGACGCCUCGGCUGCCGUCGAGGUCAACCUGCUGCUCGAGUACCUUCUCGGCGAGAGCCUCAGCGCCGGUGCCCAGUCGCAGGCCUCGCAUAUUGGCCGUCUCAUCAUUGCAGGCGACUCCAUCAGCCAGGUGAGCACGACCAAGGAAGCCGUCGCCGCCGCGGCCGAGGACGAAAAGAAGUCGGUGGCGAGCAGCAAAAAGUACGGCUACGACGCGAGCGCGUACAAUGCGCUGCCCUCGCAGCUCUUUGACGAGUUUGUCAGCGAGCUGCUGCCGUCGAUGCCCGUGACGCUGCUCCCCGGCGCCAAGGACCCGGCCAACGCGAGCUACCCCCAGCAGCCGCUGCACACGGCACUGUUCCCGUCGGCGCGUGCAUUUGGCGCGGACCCGACGAAAACGGGCGUGCCGGGGUGGUUUGACAGCGUGACGAACCCGUGGGAGGCCGAGGUUGAGGGCUGGCGCGUGCUGGGCACGGGUGGUCAGAAUGUAGACGACGUAUUCAAGUAUGUCGAUAGCGACGACAGGCUGGGCAUGAUGGAGGCCAUGUGCCGGUGGCGGUGCUGCGCGCCGACUGCGCCGGACACACUAUGGAGCUACCCGUUCCAGGAUGACGACCCGUUUGUGCUCAAGGCCUGCCCGCACCUGUACUUUGUCGGCAACCAGCCCGAGUUUGGCACGCGGAUGAUCCACGGACCCGACGGGCAGAGCGUGCGCCUCGUCGCGGUGCCAGCGUUUGUGACAAGCAAGGAGAUUGUGCUGGUGGACAUGGAGACGCUCGACGUGAGCAAGGUCAAGAUUGAGACGUCGUAG